CGAAAGCCUGCCCCCGUCGCCUCAAAGAGGCAAUCUGUCCAGCGCUUCACUGUCUUCUUCCGCGUUCUCUUCUUCGUCUUCUUCCUCGGCGUCUGCUUCCUCUGUGUGCUCCACGUUCACAUUAUCUGUCUCUUCUCCUCUGUCUCAUCUGCUCGCGUUUCUCGCUUCUUUCGAAUGGCCGAUGGAGGAGGGCCUCCCGCGCCUGGCGUUCCGUGGCAAGUGCAGUUGCUGCGCAAGUGGAGCCAGCGGCCUCGGAUGGACCUGGGGGAGACGAUGAGGAACUCCUUUUCCUCGCGGGAGGGAAGCCGCGACGUAUACGCCUCCGCGCCUCCCGCAGAGCCUCAGGUGAAGCCUGCCAGCGAAGGGAACAGGCGCAGGUGGCGAGGCAGCACAGGCGAGAAAGAAGCCGCCAGUGGCGCAGCCGGAUCGAUCGACGGCGAUGUGUACACGCACUGGAGCGAGCGACGCGGAGGUGAGGAGCACUGCCUGGCGAAGGAGCUUGGGAAGCGUCAGGUGCCUCAGAGCUGUCGGUGUGCAGCGGCGAGUUCUUUCCUCGUUGAACAGACAGGAACGGCUGUGUGUAGACCCAAGAGAGAGAUCGACUCCGAGACCACAGAGGCAGUCGACCGCAGCAAAGGGAGUGCGAAGACGACGCAUCCAAUGGCUGUUUCCUCAGAUCGACGUUUCGAGAGAGCCUCGGGUGUGUCUGCACCUCACCUGAGGCCUUCGGCGGCCUGUUGCACCGCUCCGCCUGGGGGCGGCGUUUGCCUGCAUUCAGGUGAAAGGAAGGGAGGGAGAAAGCGAGACAAUGUGGCGAAGCCGCAACGCCGUGGUGAAGCCGCCAGAUCGGACAUGGAGAAAACGUGGACAGUCCGCGGUCAGAGCGGGGCUGAAGAGAAACGGGAGGGAAAGCAGAGUGGAGAGCAGAAACAAUCUCGCGCUUCCGAAGCAGAGAGAGAGCCGGUUCGAGGUGUACUCGAAGACAGCCUCUGUGCCGAGGAUCUUCCGCUGUACGUACACCUCUGGAGUGUCUACGUGGUGAAGCCUGGAGCGGAAGCCGUGGGGCUCUGGCUCCAGCGUCCAGACAUUUUUUCUCCAGCGCUGUGGCCGGCGAACGAGCUCUACGCUUUCUGUCGACCAUUCGCUCGUCUCGCCGUCUCGCUGCCGCCGCUCCGGAAAGAAAAUCCCUCGAAAAAUGCCACAGACGCACACUGCAUGCGCGCAGUGGCCUCCCUCACCUCCCGGCGCUCUGUGGGAGAACCUGACCGCCUUCCAGGCCUCCUCAAGAUCGAGGCCGCGAGCGCCCAGCCGGCACCUGGCUGUCAAGACACCGCAAAACUCGAGGACCUGCUGCAGAACGGCACACCGCAGAAGCAACUCUUGGCGCUGCUUGCCAGGCUGGCGACAGACCCCAGGGGAUUCCUCGCUCUGAUCAAAUCCCAAGACGCGACGCCCGCAGUCGCCUUCGCUCUCCAGGUUCUGGCGCUGUUCGCGCGACUGCCGGGGAUUCCAAAGUCUCGCCAGGCAGGCCGGGGCGGCUCUUCAGCGCCCAUUCCCCUCUCUCCGUGCGCCGCUGCUCAGCACCUGCUGGACGCUCUGCGACAGCGACUGGCCGCCCUGUCUCUACAGCACAAAACCUUCCUUUUGCGUGUCUCGCGGCUUCUCCUCAGUCAAAGGAAACUUCUUCCCACCUCAAAACAAAGAAAUCGACUCCUGGAAUUCUUUUUGAAUCCUGCGGCGCGGCCUCUCGCGCGACCGGCAGUGUUCGCGGCGGAUCCCUCCAGUGUUUUUUGCGUCAAAUGGGAUGAAACGAAAGGCACUGCAACGACGCCCGGACAGUCGUCUUGUUUGCCGUCUUCUCCGGCAUGUUCGUCCUCUGCUUCUGCUUCUUCUUCAGCCUCGUUCGCUUCCUUGGCGGGUGCGGCAGAGGAGGAAACGCGUCUGAGACACUUCGCCACUGGCCUGGGUCUGUCGCCGGUCGCCCUCAGGGCACUGGUAGAGGGCUACCUCCAAGUGAAUUUUUGCGUGGAAAAAGAAUUCGGUCUUCGUUCGCUGCUCUACGGUUCCUCCGCGAGCGGCUGCGGAGUCGUCUCUUCUGACGUGGAUGUCCUCGUUCUUCUACCCCACGAACGCCAGAAAACUCUCCUUGCCUCCCAACAAAGUCUCCUCCGUCAACGCGCAGGCGAUCUCGCGCCAUGGACGGACGUCGACGAUCUCUUCCCCUCAAGAAACUGGUCCGACCUCCAGAAAAUUCUCGCCGCAGUUGCACGUCCACCACCACCUUCUUCCUCCUCUUCUUCUUCCUCCUCUUCUUCCUCGACUUCUUCUUCCUCGUCUUCUUCCUCUUCUUCCUCGUCUUCUCCGUCUUCUUCUUCGUCUUCUUUCUCUGCCUCUCCCGCGGCUUCUUCUUGCUCUGCACCCCCGUCUGCGUCGGGGGUGUUGUGUGCGUUAAAGCAGUUUUCUGCCGUCUGUGCCGCGCGUUUGCUGGCGCGCCGUGUCUCGCGAGUGCUUUCUUCCUUCCCCCCAUGCGUCUUUGUGCAUGCUUCUCCUGCGGGUUCGCCUCCGAGAAGCGACGCCGAGGCGGAAGUUCCUCGCUCUCCAGGAGGCGAGGCGCCCUCGGAGCGCGAGAAACUUCCGAGACUCAUCCAGUGCGUGGAACGCGCCGCAUGCCCGAUUCUGAAGAUUCGACUGCCCGUCCCGCGAUCCCUGCACCCGUCGGGGGCUGAGUCGGAGAUGGAGGGAGAGGAGGCAACUCGAGUUGAGCAGCGAAGCAAGCAUGCAUGCAAGGCGACACGAGGCGAAGUCUCCGGAGAACGCGCAGCCUCCGGUCCAGCGGCGAACGGAGAGGGCAAAGAGGAAAGAGGUCGCGCCUCUUCGGGAGAGGCUGUGCGAGAGGAUGUGCAGCCGAGUCGAGGCCAGAGAGAGAAGGGGAAAAAGAAAAGCAAGUUCACUUCUAGACACGAGGAGGAGCCAGAGGCACUGCUCUCCUCCGUCAUUGAAGCGCGCAUUCGGUGGAGACGCAGACGGAAGCGCAUGCGGCAAUUUUGUCUCCUUCUCCACCGCCGCUCCACGGCGUCUUUUGGGCGGAGCCCGACGGAGACGCGAAGCUCAGAAGGACCAAGGUCGAGCGGACUGACCGGACGUGUAAACGAUGCAGACACAGAAAGAGGCACCCGAAAAGAAGGAGAUGCAGGAGACGAAAGCGAAGAAGAAGGCUACUGGAGCGACAGCGCUCUUCCUGAAUCUCUUCGCUCUCUUCAGGCCGGAGUCUUCGGAAGUUGCUGCUUCAAGGCUGAGUUCUGUCGGAGCUACUCACCUUGCCCUGCAGCGCGUCCCGCCUCGCAGGCGCAUGCAGACGAAAGCGUCGACGGGGCACCUCACGCAUCUGAGUCAGACAGAACGGCUGUCUCGUCCUCUUCUCGCACACUGUCUCCUUCCUCAUCACCUCCCCUCUCUUCUCUCUCUUCUUCUCUCUCUUCUUCUCUCUCUGCUUCUCCUCAGUCGCCGCCUACGUCUUCUUGUGUGGCUCCGUCCCCGUUGCCUCCUCCGUCUUCUUUCUCUUCUUCUUCGAUGUGCUCGAGAAAACCGAGUCUGCCGCUGAUGUUGUGGGUGGAGGUCGACGUCUCGUUCAACCACGAAGUUGUCAUUCACAAUACGCGCCUGCUGCGCGCCUACGCCACCUGCUUCGGUCCCCGCAUUCAGGCGCUCUUUCGUCUCGUCAAGCACUGGGCGAAGCAGAGACAAGUCUGCGACGCCUACCGCGGCCUCCUCUCCAACUACUCGUGGCUCCUUCUCGCUAUCUUCUUCCUUCAACGAACUCUCCAGGAAGAAAUCUCUUCCUCUUCCUCCCCGUCUUCUCCUCCCUCUGCUUCUUCCUGUUCUUCUUCCUGUUCUUCUCCCUCGUUUCCGGUGUCUCCGUCGUUGCCAUUUACGUUACACGGGAGUUGGUUGAUGUUACCGUUGCUGCACAACGCGGCGCAUGACUUUCGUUUCUUACCGAUUCUCCCAAAUCUCCAGAAGCCGCCUCGAUGUGCGCGUUUUCUGCAGCGCUGUCUCACCGCUGGAAAUCUGCCGUUCUCCGCUGCGAUGGCUUUUCUUCUAUCGUAUUCUUCCAAGCUGGGCUGUCCCUGCCCCGUCUGCGCCCGCAGCGGCCUCCAAGACCCAAACGGCAUGCAUUGUCGGAGGGGGGAAGCGAACAGCCUUUCGGUGCAGUCGAAGGAGCCGAGAAGGCGUGAGGAUUCCCUCGACGAAACGCGCAAGUUUACGGAUUCGGGGUCUUCUGAAAACAUAGUUACAGACGCUGCGGGCAGCUGGCUUGACGCUCUGAGGACGGAGACAGACUCCUGCGAAUCUGUCUCCCGGGAGUAUCUCCUGUCUCCUCCAGAUGUGGGGUCGAGAGGGGCCGAGCCGCCGUGGUUCGGCGAAGAAGCUGGCGAGGCGCGGGAAGAAGCAGAGAAGUCCGAACGGGCUUCCGGAUAUGUCUACAGCGCCCAAGACGGCGAGGCUGUUUGGGUAGACGACAGCCACAACGUUCGGUUUUUCCACCCUCUCCUCGGCUUCAACUGUCGCCUCUCGUCCGUCGCGCUUCUGCCGCGAAGUGCGCUUGCAAAGACGGGCCUUUCUCCCGGUUUUUUUCAUGGAGGAACGCAGGUUCCCAGAGGCGGAGUGUCGGGUGUACGUACACCCUGCCCCGCUGAGGGGACACCCAAGCCGGGUUGCGGCGAGGGAGUGAGGAACGACACUGGGAAGAAAGGCGGAGAAGGCGCGAAAAAGAAUCAAGAGAGAGAUGGUUCCUCUUGUUCGUUCCGUCCAGUAAAGACCGACAGAGGGAGGCAGAAUAGCGACGCGAUUUCCUCCUCGGCUGCGGCGUUUUCGUGGCCGGAAGAAGAUCACUCCCUCACGGACGAGGCCUACGCACGCCGGAUGCUGAGCAGCAGCGCCUGUCUCGGAGAAAGAACGAUGGAAGUGAAGCGAGAGACGUCUGGACUUCUUUUUGAUCAAGAAAAAGAGGAGCAAAGAGAAAGCGCUUGCUCAGUUGACGGCGUGUCUCUCAACUCAGAGCAGCUGUUGUUUUUCAGGGAGAUUCAGCGCCGCCUCCUGAUGCAUGCAAAGACUCCGGCGACGUCGCCUUUUCUCCCGCACGACCUCGUCACGGAUCCGAGAGGCGUAGAGGCCGAGGCGAGGGAAGCAGGCGAGGCCGCUCAUUCAGCGAAGGAGAACAAAAGAGCUGUCGGGGAUGGAGGAGGAGAGACGGUAGAGACAGGAGGAGACAGCCAGAAACUGGAGAGAGAAGGAAAACGAGGAAGGUUUGAAGAUUCUCAUCGAGAAGAACAGGAGACUGCGGCGCUAGGGAAGCCGCAGAAAAGAGAGGCGAUGUUUCUCCAGCAGGUGGAGUAUCUCAGCUCUUCUCUCGUGUUUCUCUCCCCUGGAGGGAGUGCUGAAGAGCCACAGAGGAGACACCAGGGCCACCCGCCGGCGCGCCUUUUGUGGGGAGACUCUCUUUCUCUCGUGGACCUUUUCAGGGCCUUCUUCAGAUUCUACACGCUGCAGUUCAACAGCUUCCAGAACAUCGUCGACAUUCGCCGAGCGCCGCUGCUGCCGCUCGCUAAGACAACCUACUUCAGCGUCCCUCUGCCCGGCGCGCCGGACCUCCCGUGGCUGAAGGGUGUCGGCUCGAGAGCGAAAAAAGGCAAGAAACAGAACGCCGCAGACCGCAGCGAACACGAGGAGGCAAACGGAGACUCUCAACAGCCAGCAGCCUCUGUUCAAGAGCCUGAGACAGAAACGGCAGCUGUUUUAGCUGCGGCCCAGGUGUGGGCCUCUGCUCCAGCGCGGGGAUGCCGUAGAAGAGUACAGGAGAGAGAAGAAGAAGGACGUCGUAAAGCAGAGCAAGAGAGAGAACACGCAGACUGUUGUGAAAGAGAGCAAGAGAGAGAAGAGGGUGCUUUUGGAAAAGAAGAAGAAGAGGGAGAACAAGAAGAAGAAGAAGGUGAAGCCGGCCUCGAUGAAGGCGGAGGACUGGGGUCGCAGGGCCCACACCCGCGAAGCGUCGACUGGCUCUACCGUCGACGACUCUUUGCGAUUCAAGAUCCCUUCGAGGCCCACAGGACGCUCGGCACGUACCACUCUGGAAGCGAACUCGUGGCUUACGAGUUGCUGCGUGCGACAGCCAUCACCUCAAGCGAAGGAUGGACUCUGGCUCUUCCUUUGCCUCUUUGUGGAGUUUCGCCCUCGAAGGGCCCUGCUGGCCGCUCGGUGGCUCCGCGCGGCGUCUUACCUCCGCCUCUGUUUGAGGCCUUUCGAGUCGCUGAGGCUGCUGACGUGAGGAAGGGAGAGCCGCAGCAGUCACCGAACCACCCAGCAGCCGUCAAGGGUCCAGAGGGCGAAAUCAGGAGGCAAGUGGAUGCGAACAAAGGGGACAGUCACGGUCUCAAAGAGCAGGCGCGAGAGGCUCCAGGCACCGCUGCAGCCGACCGGGGCGCAGAACCGUUGCCUUCUUUCUCCACUCCGUCUCCUUCCUACGGCCCGCAUCCGGCGAAGGAAGACAAGCAGACGCUGACCCCUCAUCAGCGGCGCCAGGAGGUCCGACGCAUGCGUUUCGCCGAGCGGUCGCGGCCACAGCUGCCUUGGGUUUCUCAUCCGCCUGCAGCGACGCUUCUUCGCGCCGAGGAACAGGGUGACUUGGCUUGGAGACUCAUCAGCAAGAGACUGGUGCGGGCCUACAGGCGGGUCCACGUCAGGUAUCAAACAGAAGAGUCUCGUGUGACAGGAGAACAGCGAGAUGAGGAGCACGAGAGCCAUGAGACAGAGGAGGCGAGUUUGGUGAUGGGGGCGCAGGGCGAGACAGGACGAGAGGGUGGGAAUCGCCGGGGUAAGACACUGAGAAAAACGGAGUCAGAAACGGAGUGCUGGCGAACUCAGGGUUUCGCGCCGCUCUCGUUGACCCCCGACGAAAUUUCUCAGAUGACGCAGAGAAGCAGAGAAGGCGACAGAAGCAAGAAGGGCGAAGGCAAACAGCAGCGACCUGCGAGAGCCGAGAGGGAUCGCGGCUCCUCGUUUCCAGGGCAAGGCCCCGCGCCACACUUCCAGGAGUCUGCGAACCGAAGAGUCCUGGCUGCGCAUGCAGUGGCCGUCGACCCUUGGAGACGGCGGAACUCUUCUCAGUUCAACGCGCCGCAGGGCUCGACUCAGAACCAGCCUGUCUCAGCGAUUUCUUCGCUGUCUUCGCUCGCCUCCCAGCGGCCGGAGGGCGACCGCGCCCGUGCCGGAGCACGCGCGCCAGGUAGCUAUGUCUCGCUGCAGACACAGCUAGCUGAGGAGAGCAGACAGCGGCGCCCGAGACCCUGGCUAGCGGUCCAGGCGUGGCAAGAAGCCGAGGCGCGAAGAGCCAUCGUUCACGAAGACACAGAUUAUCGCUGCGGGGGGCGAGGUGCGAAUAACAUAUCUCCGAACCACAUGCCUCUGUCAACGGAAGCGCAUGCAACCGGGCACACACGCCCCUUCGGGCCCAACAAACGUCUACCAGUUUACCGACAGCGCGAAUUGCAGACUGAUACUGUCCCUAGGCACGUUUAAAGCCCAGAAGGUUGACACAAGCACACAAUAGACGUGUAUUUGGCAGAGAGAGCGAUUCAAAGUAUAAACCCGUACAACUUUGUUGCAUUCGAUACUACACCAGAGAAGGGGAAGUUUUCACGUUUUUUACGGC